GAUAGCUCUGCGCUCGGCAGCCUCCCCGGCAGUGUCGGACGAGCCCUCCUUGUCCCCGCCCUUUCCUCUCAUCCAUGGCUCAGCACUCGCCCCGCCCUCAGCCGCUCCCGGCAGCCGGGCCGGGACGCGGCCGCCCUGCUUUGGAGACAGCCAUCGGCCGCACGGGCGCUGAGGCAGUGCCUAAUGACGAUGCGGCCCCCGCAUCCCUGCAGCCGGUGAGGGCAGCACACGCGGGCGCGAUGGCGUCGGGCUGCCCGGCGGCCUUCGGAGACCCGACCGAAGUGCGUGAGGGCUUCCUGUGCCCGCUGUGCCUGAAGGAUCUCCAGGCGUUCCGGCAGCUCCAGGCGCACUACGAGGAACAGCACCCGGGCGAAGACCGGGACGUCAGGGGGCAGCUCCGAAAUCUAGUCCAGAAGGCCAAAAGAGCAAAGAAGAAAUUUCUGAAACAGGAAGAUGAUGACAGAACUGAUUCUGGAUCUCAGGAACGAUAUGAGUCAUUCAGCUAUGGUGGAGUAGAUCCAUACAUGUGGGAGCCCCAGGAAGUAGGUGCUAUGAGAAGCCAUCUUUCUGAAUUCAAGAAACACCGAGCAGCCAGGAUUGAUCACUAUGUAGUUGAAGUCAAUAAGUUAAUAAUAAGGUUAGAAAAGCUUACAUCAUUUGACAGAGCAAACACUGAGUCAGCUAAAAUAAGAGCUAUAGAGAAGUCUGUUGUGCCUUGGGUCAGUGAUCAGGAUGUUCCAUUUUGCCCAGACUGUGGCAGUAAGUUCAGUAUCCGAAACCGACGUCACCACUGCCGGCUUUGUGGGUCUAUUAUGUGCAAGAAGUGCAUGGAAUUUGUCAGUCUUCCUUUGGCAAGCAAACUCACUAGUGCCAGCAAAGAGGCCUUGGGUUCUCAUACGAGCCCGAACUCCUCCCCCAGCAGUGUCCACGGCUCCCGCCGAGGCAGCAUUAGCAGCAUAAGCAGCGCAAGCUCUGUUCUGGAUGAGAAGGAUGAUGAACGAAUCCGUUGUUGUCAGCACUGCAAAGACACCCUGUUGAAAAGAGAGCAACAGAUUGAUGAGAAAGAAUACACACCAGAGAUUGUGAAACUCUAUGAGCAGGUACUGAUGAUCACCAGAUACCCUUUCAGAAGAGUCCACAAACUCCCCGCGUUAGUAUUUAUGGGAGUUCUUGUUGGUGCUCUUGUUGGUGAAGAGAAGUUGUCCAGGUCAUCCAUUCAAACAGCUUCUCGAUUCAAAGUCCACCUUGCAGGGAAACUCCGACUCUGCAUGGAGAAGGUUGACCAGAAGGCACCAGAAUACGUAAGGAUGGCAGAAUCACUAAAUGCUGGGGAGACAGCCUACAACCUUGAUCAUGCUAAUGACUUGAGGGUGGAGAUUCAAAAAAUGUAUGAAUUUAUAGAUGCCUUAAGUAAGAAGAUUUUGAGUCUAGGCUUGCAUGAAGAUCCUCAACCUCAUCCUAAAAUACUUCAACUUCAGCGGAUGAUAAGAUAUUCAGCUACACUUUUUGUUCAGGAAAAACUGCUUGGCCUAAUGUCCCUGCCAACUAAGGAUCAGUAUGAAGAACUGAAGAAGAAAAGACUGCAUAUGGUCGCUCUUGAAACACAGGGGAAACAAGAGGAAAAGGAGAAGGAGUUUAUCUCCAUAUCUGCAUCUGCAGUUAAUGGUGAUGAAACUUACAUAAAAAAAGGAACAGUCAGAAAAUCUGAAGGCUGGUUACCUACAUCUAGCAUUUCAAGAGAGAGCGAGAGAGCAGACCCACUUCUUCAGCAGAUUGACAAUAUCACAUCCUUUAUUAAGCAAGCAAAGGCAGCUAAUAGGAUAGAUGAGGUCCAUACACUGCAAGAGAACCUGAUGCAGCUUCAGGAUGAAUAUGAUCAACAGCAAACUCUGAAAGCUAUUGAGCUUUCUAAAAAACAGGCAGAAGAGGAGGAGAUACAGAGGGAGGAACUUCAGGUCCUCCGUGAAAAGGAGUGGGAAAGAGAGCACCAUAAAUUCAUGUUUCAGCAUUCAAGGACUUGCUCCUUAGACUUCAGAGAAGUCAAACAGCAUUUGGAUGUUACUUGUACCAAAGGGGACACAAGUUUUGAAACUCCUGCUGUUGAGCAGCUGCCAGCUAAAGAGCACUUGACCUUCACACUCAAACCUCAGAAUGUCCCACAGUGUGACAAAGACCAGGAUCAGCCAGCCUGUCUAAACCCCUUUGAGGAUGAAGCAGAUACCCCUCAGGUGGAGGAAGAUCCCAGUAACCCAUUUGCCAAAGACAUAUCUCCAGUGGUUUCUUUGUCUAACACAGCUCAGCAAAGUGAUAAAAAAGAAUAUAAUCCAUUUGAAAGUGAGGAGGAGGAUGAACAAAGUAAUGGAGCACCUGGCAGUACUUCAAACCCCUUUGAAGAGGAUGAAAAUCCAUUUGAAAAGCCUGGGAGCAGUUGGAAUCCAGGGAAUCCAUUUGAAGAGGGAUCCUCUAUCAAUCCCUUUGAAGUGGAGGAUGGCAGUGAGAUCUCUGGAGAGGAGGCUAUAGAGGAAGAGCUACUUCUCCAACAGAUAGAUAAUAUUAAAGCUUAUAUAUUUGAUGCCAAACACAGCGGACGACUGGAUGAGGUGGAGGUACUGACAGAGAACUUAAAGGAACUGAAGUACACAUUAGCAAAGCAGAAGGAGAAAGCUAACUGCUGAAGCAGCAAAUGGGCUGUGUAAUAAUUCAGUCUGCUGUUAAAUAUGGGAAGGUAAAGCAGAUACUUACAGACAGGAGUACAGAUGACACAAGGGAAUUGGGAGAAUCCUGACUUUAAAGCACUUUCAUUUAGACAUUGCCACUACUACGCAGUCUUGAAGAAAGGAUUACUGAGAAAUGCUGCUGGUCUCAAAAGCUUAGAGUAAGAAAUUUUAAAAUAACUUUUGACAGCACUUUUAUUGCUAACUGGUCUUAUGGAAUGCUUAUUUUGGUCCAGGGGUUAGGUGCUAAUACGGAACUAUGAUGUGGAAGUGGUUGGAAUGUUGGUUUGCCCUCUUUCCCGCUCUCUGCUGUAGUGUUGGCCUUUCAAGUGUGGCUUUGACUAAAAAGAGAUGAAAACUUCUAAAACUUCUUAUACUCGCCUUACCCAGGGUAGUUGAACUACUAAUGGUGUUCUGGCAAUGUGCUGUUAAAGAGCUGCUGUGAUUCUCCGGGGUGCUGACUGUACAGGCUCGAAGAUCAAGUUUAUGCAAUGGUAAUAAAUACAUAAAAGGGAUCUUAAGACUGAGAAGAACUUUCUGGCUGAUCUUUGUAUGAGUGACUUUUUAGUGUCUAUAUGAAGAUUCUCAAGUAAGAUCUGGAUGCUUCUUUUCAUCACUGCUGGUUUCCCAUUUGCUCUGAGCGCAAACCAUGGUGUCAUAGUGUCAUGCUGGCUGCAGACCUGCUCACGUGGGAGCAAGCAUUUGCUCAUUUUCAGGGAAAAGAGAUCAGGCCAGCACCACUUCUAACUGUAAUAUAAAGGGUGAACCUCCAGUUGCUAAUUACAUUAUGGAAUCUACACAUUCCUUUAAAUCCUCUGUCACAGAAUGAUCACGUUUGUUGUGAGUCUGGAACACUUUCUUGUAGCACCCAAGCAACAAAAAAAUUUGUUUAUCAUGGAAAGCUGAGAUGCCACUGGAAUUUUGUGAAAGCUGGGAGACAAAGUCUGUGGCUGCAAUAGUGCCAAAUGGCAAUUCUCUCUCAUUUUAGAUUCCCCUCAGUUUUUAUCAGAAUCAGGCAUACCUGUUUCAAAUAAGGAACUUCAGAUUGAAGACCUUUUGUUAUCCUGUGGCCUGGAGGAUGACCAGGUGACAGCUAGUGCUUGUGAUGUGGGAUGGCCAACAGCUGGGCAAAUGCAGGGUUUUUGAAAAAGAUGGAAUCUGAACUGCUUUGAUUUUUAUCUUUGAGAGGCACAGGCCCAUCAGCAGGCAUCAGUUUGCAGUCAGUGGUGGUGGUGAGUUAAUCUUAAAGGAUUUCUUUGUUUAAGGCUGAAAUAGGGGAAAAUCAGGCAGAUCACACUGUAUAGCACUAACAGUAGUGGGCUUACUCAGAAGUGUGAAGUUCUGUGUAAUGGGAUGUAUCUUUUAAUUAGGUCUCUGAUAUUGGCAUAGCUGUAACCCCAGCACUGCUUAAGAUUUUGGAGACAAGUAACUCUGUUACCUAAAGAGCAGGUACUCUUGUUCCUAGCCGUAUGUGGAGGUAGGGGCUUGUAGAACUGUUAAAAAGACCAAACCACCUAUAUCUCACUUAAUACCACUAGUAGGGGUUUGAAGUAACUCAGACCAGCCAGUCAGGGAUACCUGAUGGUCUGUCUGAUGUAGCCUGAAUCUGGAGUUGAAAGGUGUGCAGAAGAGGUUGGCUUAAGACCAUGAAGUUCUUAUAUUUUAUUAGAGCUGACUGAGUCCCCAGGUGUUAUUCUGCACCAAGAACAGAGGAUUCUGAAAAGUCUUGACAGAACAUGCUUGGCAUCAGAUUCAUGAAGGUAGCAAAAACUGUUGAAAGCUAAACAGAAUCCCUGGAAUUAUUUAAGCGAGAUAGGAUAAGGCAGUUAUUUAGGACAGACUUGGUUGCUAGUCAGGAUUGCUUCCUGCACUCUAACCUAAUGCUUUUUUAGGUAUCAGCAUGAAAAAAUGUUUCAGUGGCUUCAGCUUUCACAUUAAAAAAUGCUUUUUUUCCUUGUUGCAACUAUCCUGCAACUUGUUUAUAUUUUCUGGCUAACACACUAAUAACUAUUCUUAUUGUAUAUGUAAUGUAUUAUUUUUACAAGCAAGUAACACUAGCAUACCUCAUGAUCUGUGUCAGUGUUAAAUGUGAUAGACUAGACAGCUAAUACUAAAAUCAUCUGCAAAGUGAAGACCUUUGCUGGUAUAUGGACUGCUGUGAGGCUUGCAAGGCACAAGGGAAUGAAGAUGGCUUAAGCAUAAAGCUCAAUAACUAAUUAGCAUUGACUUUUGUUACAAUUGCAUGCACUACUCAGUAUGAAAAUUUUGUAAAAAGAGAUGAAAUAAAACAACAUGUUUAUUUUGUGU